GCCACACAAUCAAUAGUCCCAACCAGAGAACUAACCCAACCAUACUACCCUCUGGGAAAGGGAGGGGAAGGGGAAAGAGAUGGCAUAAGAGACAGAGACAGAGGGGGAGAGGAACACAGCAAAACUAUCUGCAGGCACAGACACAGAUAUCCAUCCAGAGAGACAAGCAGGCCUCACUCCCUCCCCAGCACAGAAAGAUGAGCUCUCAGAUUAACACAGACCUGUCCGCGGCCCCCUCGUCUGGCUCAGCCCUGGAGCUACGCUUUGCAGAGGACACCUCUCUCACUGAGGUAAAACUGUUCAUGUGGUUGAGAUGAGGUUGAGAUGGUUGAUGAUUGAAAUAGCACGAUGGUUCAGUUGGAUGUGAGUUUGAUUCUUGCAUGGGUCUGAUAUACUGCGUAAUGUGUUUACUGUAAGUCACUUUUGCCUAAAGUAUUUUCUAGUAGACAUAAAAAAUUCAAAUUGGCUUCUGCUACGUGUAGUAGUUUGGUACCGUCUUAAAUAUGUGCUUAUCUAGAACAAAGUAGCCUAUUUAAAUUCGGACCGACAAAUGCUUGGACAGUUUUCAGGAGUCGACUUGUACUGAAUGGUACCUGCGUCUGAGUAUCCAGCACGUCCAGCAUAUUAUAGUUAUACUAUUAUAAAAGUAUUAUUAUAGUAUUAUUAUUCUACAAUGUGAUUCGUCUGGGUGUCCAGUCCCUUCAGUGGAGCGGUGGAGUGGCCAAAAGGCUAGUUAUAUUAUAUUAUUAUUCUAUUAAUUAUGAUUAUGAUUAUUAUUAUUGUUGCUAGGUGAUGCGGCUGCGUUUCCAGUCCCUGCAGCGGAGCGGUCAGAAGCGACAGGAGGGGGAACGGUUGCUCCUCCCCCACGAGGCCGUCUACCGUCUGGACUUCGCCAAUCAGGAGCUGACGUUUGUCCACUGGUCAGUGUCUCUGAUUGGCCAUGGCAGAGUGACUGUCACGGGGAUCUCCCAGCUCUGGACCCCUGACCUCACACACCUGAUGACCCGGCAGCUUCUAGAACCCGUCGGAACAUUCUGGCGGAACGCUGGCGACAAGGAGGACAUGCCCCUCAAGUGUCUGGAGGCGGACAUCCAGGAGUUUGGGGAGCGAAUCGCGGAGCUGGCCAAGGUCCGCAAGGUCAUGUACUUCCUGUUUGCCUUCAAGGAGGGGGCGGAGGCUGACAAGGUCAGCAUCUCCAUGGAGUUCAAUCUGGCCUGACCUACAAACCUUAAAGGGAUACUUUGUGAUUUUGGCAAUGAGGCCCUCUGGACACAGAAGUGUGUAUUUCUCUGUGUCCAGUAUGAAGGAAGAUAGAGGUAGUUUUGGAGCCAAUGCUAACUAGCAUUAGGGCAAUGACUGGAAGUCUAUUGGUAUCUGCUAGCAUUGAAAAGCAUGCUAGCAGAUACCCAUAGACUUCCAGUCAUUGCGCUAACACUAGUUAGCAUUGGCUCACGAAACUACAUCUAACUUCCUUCAUACUGGACACAGAGACAUACAAAUGGUCUCCACAAGUUCAUCUGAUUCUGGGGAAGUAGAUAAAGGGCUUCAUUGCCAAAAUCCCAAAGUAUCCCUUUAACUGCUUCCUCUUCCCUCUACUCCUCUAGUCUCCCUCUCUCCAUUCUAAGGGAAUGCCUUCUACUACAGCCAUUCUAG